GCGUGAGGUUGUGUAAUACGAGUUGAUUCUCGAAUUGUACGAAAGAUUUAACAAUGCGGUUGAAUUUUAGUUUACUCAUUUGUGCAGUCGAUUCGAAAAAUAUGACGAGUCAUUUUGAAAAGUGUACAUAAAUACUGUCCCAGUCCUUUCAGUGCAUUGCGCCUGCUAAAGAAGCUGUAAAUAAUCGGUUGCCCGAAAGGCGCCAGAAAUGCUUUUGCAGCAAAGUCUCAGAUGAUCCGCAGAUGCAAUCGUACCACAGUUGAAAAUCAAACAGUGUGACCAUGUGUGACAAUGACGACGAUAUUUUCAGUUUCAAAUCUCUUCGAAGAAUUGGACGAUCUGUCUUCAAUGAUUCAGUGGCUGAGAGUACCGAGAGCACCAAGCUUGAUGAGGAAACCAAGAGCAAGACUGCUAAAUCUAAGGCAAGCCGGUCUGUCAAGCAAACACAGUCGAAAUCCGUUAACUCAAAAUCAUUUAUCAAUCAGAAGACAGAGAAUUCUUUUGCUACCAAACAGAAGAUAACUAAAAAGAAAACAGAACUUUCAAAGUUACAGAAAUGCAAAUCCCAUGAUGUAAAACUAAAAGCGCUCACUAAAGAUAGCGUUUCUAUAGACAAACUAAAAAACAGGCAGUCACACCAGAAGAUAAAGAAUAUUUCUGGCAAACUGAAAGAGAGAGAAUGUUUGAAGCUUGGGGAUAUUUGUUCUCAGUCUUUCCCAAAGGACUCAAAAGGAACCAUGGGAUCCACAGGCCCACAACGAUUACGCUCGCAAUCUGUUUCACCAAAGAAAUCAGAAAUUCUUCCAGAAACUUUGCCUGAAUGUGUUUCAGUUUCCAAAAUCAAUUUGGCUGUCCAGCAUGAAUGCAGUAUAUUCAGCAAAGUAUCUGACUCAAGUAACAAGUCUCCAGACUGUGAUGGAAAUAAUGCAACAGAUGGACGUUGUCCCUUUUGCCAGAUGCCUUUCAGUAUUCUGAGACUGGAAUCACCCAAUAGUCACACGAUGCAGUGCAUGGAUAUCCCUUUGAAAACAACUGAAGAGUGUUCUGCAGGACUUUAUUGUGAUAGCACCAUUCCAAGUCACUAUCGCCGUUUUCUUCAUUCAAAUUUGGCAAUGCAGCUUGCAGGACUGACUCAAGAGCAUGCAGGUCAAGACCACACCAUUGAAUGUGUUUCCUCUUUUGAUAAGUGUUCCCAAAACAUGACGGAAUGUCAGGAAAGUAGAGGUACCAUCUGCUCAUCCACAAAACGGAAGCUGUUUACCUCUUGCUCGAAAGCAAAGAAGGUCAAAGUUGUUACAGACACCCAGGCUAGUCAAGGUGAUGGAUCUCCUAGGAGCAGAAGUAUGUUAGUCUACCUAUCACCUACAGGCAAGAAUGGAAAUUCCCAUUCUUCGUCUAAAGAUGAUUUGAAGACCAGUGUAGAAAAACCUACAACUCAUUUUCCAGCUUCAGAGAGCAGAACUACUGGGAAAGUUAGCUUUUCUACCGGCAACAACUAUUUUAUAAAAGAACGAGUAAUGGAGUCAGAACCUGACGAGGCAAAUUUCAAGGCUAAAGAGGUCACUGGGAAUGAUGGUGGAUUUUUCAAUGAGGCAAACAACAGUGAGCUGUCAGAGAAUGAAACUUUAGCAAUUUUUUCAGAAGACCUACAGAGAUAUGGCAGGAAUACAGGUGACAGUUUGGAAAAAUCUUUGAUCCCAAAUUCAGUUUCUGUAGAACCUUCUAAAAGUUAUUCAGCUCCAAGUUCCCAAGAAAGUGUUGUGUGCUCUGAACUGCCACGGACAGGCCUUAAAAGGCAGAUGUCACUCUUUUCAUUCUUUCAGCCCCAUUGCCGCACGACUAAACAAUCUCAACAUUUAUUACCUGAAAUAAUUAAAAAACCUUUGAACAGUUUAUCACCUAAAGUGGAACAGAACAGUGACCAUGAAACUGUUUCUCACAUGAAAUUUCAUAUAUCAAAAAAUGCCUCAGAGCUGACCUUGAAUGUAAUUUCACCUGCGUUGUCUUCCCACCCUGCUUUUUUGCAAAAAAGCAGCAGAAGUGGAAUAAAGAGAGGGAACUCUGACCUAACUAUAAACAGGCUUCCUGUGCCAGGAAGAAAUUCAGGGAAACAAUGCCCAUUUUACAAGAAAAUUCCAGGUACAAAGAUCACUGUUGAUGCAUUCAGCUAUGGACAGAUUGAAGGUUGUGAGGCCUAUAUUCUUACUCACUUCCAUUCUGAUCAUUAUAACGGUCUUAACAAACGAUUUUCCCAUCCCAUCUUCUGUAGUCCUGUGACAGGCAACUUAGUAGAGAAGCAGCUCGGUGUGGCUAGCUGUUGGAUCAAUCGUUUACCCCUAAACAAGCAGUGUCAAGUGACUGAUGUGUGGCUGACUCUCAUGGAGGCCAAUCAUUGUCCUGGUGCCGUCAUCAUCCUGUUUGAGUUGCUGAAUGGAAAGAAAAUCCUGCAUACUGGCGACUUCCGUGCAGAUACUUCUAUGGAGAGUUAUCCUGCAUUGACUAACAUCAGAGUUGAUGAACUCUAUUUGGAUACCACAUACUGUAAUACAUCGUAUGCCUUCCCACCACAGUCAGAGGUAGUACAGUUUGCUGUGACCACAGCCUUAAAAGCAGUCCAGAAGGAACCUAAAACGCUUGUGGUUUGUGGCGCUUACACCAUUGGCAAAGAAAAAAUCUUCGCAGCCAUAGCAGAGGCUCUACAUUCUAAAGUGUGUGUUCAAGCCACAAAGAAACGCAUACUUGACUGUUUGGAAGACCCACAGUUAAAGAAGAUGGUCAGUGUACGCUGGUCAGAUGGAUGUGUUCAUGUUCUACCCAUGGGUCAGCUGAAUGCAAAGUGUCUGGAGGCACACCUUCAACAGUGUCCACAGUUUUCCUCUGUCCUGGCCUUUGAACCUACUGGUUGGACAUACAAAAAAAAUUGUCUGUCUCUGGAAAAUAUUCGGCCUAAAUAUUCUCAGAAUGGAAUCACUGUUUAUGGAGUCCCGUACAGUGAGCACAGCAGCUUCCUAGAGAUGAAGAGAUUUGUACAGUUCCUUCAACCUAAGAAGAUUAUUCCAACAGUCAACAAUGGCAGUCCUGGCUCCAGAAGAAAAAUGGAGGCUAUUUUUAAGCAGUGGCUGUCUGAACAAACUGCAGAAAAUACUGGAGCUAAGUUCAUUUCCAGAAAGAGCAGUCAGCAGUCCCUUGGACACUGGCUUGGGAAUUAAAUGACAUUGCAGUCUUUUAAGGAAACAAAGGUUUUGUGGAAGGAUUACUGCUUUGUUGAAUUCCAUUCGAGAACUGUCCUUCAUAAAGAUGAAGUAACAAAUGUGUCUUCCAUAAAACAUGUAAUCAUAAUCCGCAUGUAAUUCAAAAUAUAUAAUGAAUAAAUCCUUUGAUGAUUUGGAAUGUGCUGCAUGAAUAUCCUGCUAUUAAAUGUCUUGCAGAUUUGCUUUGUGCUAAAUACUACAUAAUAUUUCAAGUCCAGAGAAACUGUUGCUAAUUUCUUGAUCACUCAGCAAAGUGAUGUGUUUAUGGUCUGUUGGUAUUUGAUUGUGUUGUAAACCAUUAGAAAACAAUGUUCGGAAGUGUAAAGUCAUGAUGUACACUACUUUUGGAAGAUUAUAUGUGGGACCCUGUAUCUUAAUAACAGCACUAAUUUCCGUUUGAUAUGUAACCUGACGAAGCAAUGAAUUAACUACUGCAAGCAAGAUUUAUCACUUACCAUGUGUGAUGACUGGGGCUAAUAAUAGUAAGUGAGUAUUACAUCUGGCAUGAGGCCAGGCAAAGGACAAAGCAGAAUGAAACAGCAAGAUCUGGAAGUUGUGAACCACUGAGGUAGAAGCAAUAAUCCCCAGUAAACCUACAUCAUUAUGUCAUAAGUUUUAGACUAGCUUGUGGCCUCCUUGACCUCACACUACAGCGGCCUUGAUCGACUGCAGCAGUACUUUGCCACACUGUGACCUUACCAAUCCAUUCCAUCUGUUAAAAUCAACCUGUGAGCAUAGCAUCGGUUUCCGGACUCGCAAAUGUGAACAUGUCACAUCACUUCUUCACUCUCUUCAUUGGCUACCAGUUAAAGCUAGAAUAAACUACAAGCUGUCAACUCUAUGCUAUGGAGUCUUUGAAAGCUCCUCUCCCCGCUAUCUUGUCUGUCCACACUUUCAAAGGGACAAAUAUAGACGAACUAUUUGCUAAAGUUGUUUAAGAAGUUUGGUCUUAAAGCUAUGGUCUCUUGAGAAGGCAUUUUACUCACAAUCCUCUUGCUUCAAUAACUGCAGGACAUCCGCAAAAAAAAAAAUUUCGUUCUUGAAAUAUGUGGCAUGUGUAAAGGAUUCAGAUGUUGCACAUACUUCCAUGCAAUGCUUGUAUUAUCAAAGAGCCUGAGAUGUGUUUGUGUUCAGUUCUACAAGGGCAUUCUGGUUGACACUGUCGUUAGCAGGGUAGUCUACCUCAACAUCCAUCAACUCAGGGAUCGAAAACCUUGUGUUGCUCGUCGGCAGACGUUCCGCAUCGUCAUUGCAUGCCUACGCAGGUGGGUCUUUUUGGAUUUACAUGGAUGUGUUUCACUUCAGGCAGUGCUACAAGACUGUUUUGUUUUGAAUAAUUUGCACAAAAGGAUAUUUUCAAGAUUCGAAGCCUGUGGAUUAUGUCCAAACUUCUCAUGGCUUGUUCGCUUCAAUGGACGCGUAUUCUCGGAGAGCGUUAUUGGGAUUAAAUUAAAAGCAAAGCCCUUGUCCUUUGUGGUGUGGAAAUGUUAAAAUGUAACAGCAUUUCAGCUUCAAAUUUUCUGAUUUACGUGUUUAUAUAUUGACAUUUAUCUUCAGAAUGCAUUUUCCUUCUGAUAUAUUCGUCUUUACACACUACUUGUUUAUACAAAACAAGAUUGCAGCUUUUUGCUUGCGGCCCUAUACUCCACUGAUUGACUAGGAACAAGAAGAAUUAUAUUGACACAUAAUAACUUAAUAAACUACAGCACAACAGAA